AUGGGGCUGCAUUUGCAAUCAUGACACGAACCAUAUGUGGACCACCUUCUCUUAGAUCACCAGGCGGAGGUAGCACAACAAACUGGAAAUGUCAGAGCACCAGGAGGCCUCCCUCAAUAGUAUUGAUGGCUCAAAACCAUCAAACCAAGACACCAGCAUUUGCUGGGCUACGAGCAAUGCAUAGUCCUACUACACCCUUACUUGGUUCCAAAUCUAAGUUUCCCAACAGAUCAUCGAGAGGACAAAAGAAUGCUCUUCUCCUCACCAGGGCGACACUCAAUAGCUUCACCGGGGAGAUUAUGAACAUUUUUGCACUUGCACAAGAGGACCUAGUCCUCAAGAUUGGAAGCAACCAAAUCUUGUGGAGUCACAUUUCACAGUGCAUUUGCAUUUUGCUCUUGGACCUCAUACUCAAUGAGGCCUUCCAAUUGAUCGAUGGUAGAGUUGGGAGAGGAAGCAGCCAGACUUCUUUGAAAACUCGAAGCAGUGAGACUUCUACUGAGACAAAAGGCAAGAUGUCAACACCGACACUUGAUGAAUAUGGAAUUAAUUUAACAAAAUUAGCAGAGGAGGGAAAGUUGGAUCCUGUUGUCGGAAGACAAGAGCAGAUUGAUCAAGUUGUACAAAUUUUAAGCAGGAAGGGGAAGAACAACCCCUGCCUGAUUGGAGAGCCAGGAGUAGGAAAAACAGCAGCAGUGGAAGGGCUUGCCCAGCUCAUUGCCCGGGGGGAUGUUCCUGAAACAAUGCAAGGGAAAAAGGUCAUCUCCGUUGACAUGGGAUGUUUCCUUGCUGGUACAAAAUACCGUGGAGAAUUUGAAGAAAGAUUAAAGAAUCUUCUGGAAGAAAUCAAGAAAUGUGGCAAUAUAAUACUCUUCCUCGAUGAAGUUCACACCCUAGUAGGAGCAGGAGCAGCAGGAGAAGGCGCCAUUGAUGCUGCUAACAUUUUGAAGCCAGCACUAGCUAGAGGUGAACUACAGUGUAUCGGAGCCACUACAACUGAUGAAUACAUUAAACAUAUUGAGAAAGACCCGGCACUAGAAAGGCGUUUCCGGCAGGUCAAAGUUCCUGAGCCAACAGUUGAUGAAGCAAUAGAAAUUCUAAAAGGGCUUCGAGAGCGUUAUGAAACUCACCAUGAAGUCCAAUACGCUGAUGAAGCACUAAGUGCAGCUGCCGAGCUCUCACACAAGUACAUCAGUGAUCGUUUUCUCCCGGACAAGGCCAUUGACUUGAUUGAUGAAGCAGGUUCCCUUGUCCGCCUACGACAUGCCCAGCGGAAGCUAUCCAAGGAAGUUAAAGAUCUUGAAACAGAGAUCAAGAAAAUCAUGGAGGAGAAGAACGAUGCCAUCCGCAGCCAGAACUUUAAAAUGGCAAAGGAGCUUCGCGACCGAGAACUGGAGCUACAGUCCCAGCUCGUAUCUCUGAUGGGCAAGAGCAAAGAGGUGGCCAACGAUGAGAUGAAUCCCGGCAUGUCUGUGGUGCCGGUGGUCACCAAAGAAGACAUUCGCCACAUCGUGUCCCUCUGGACCGGCGUGCCCGUCCACGAUGUCUCCACCGACGAAACCAACAAGCUCCUGACGAUGGAGACGGCCCUGCACCGGCGCGUCAUCGGCCAAGACGAGGCUGUCACGGCGAUAAGCCGGGCCAUCCGGCGCGCCCGCGUCGGGCUCAACGACCCGCGCCGGCCGAUCGCGAGCUUCGUCUUCGCCGGCCCAACCGGCGUCGGCAAGUCGGAGCUCGCCAAGGCGCUGGCGGCCUACUACUACGGGUCGGAGGAGGCCAUGGUCCGGCUGGACAUGAGCGAGCUCAUGGAGAGGCACGCGAUGUCCAAGCUGAUCGGCUCGCCCCCGGGCUACGUCGGGCACGGGGAGGGCGGCCAGCUGACGGAGGCCGUCCGCCGGCGGCCGUACUCGCUGGUCCUCUUCGACGAGGUCGAGAAGGCCCACCCCGACGUGAUGAACAUCAUGCUGCAGAUCCUGGACGACGGCCGGCUGACGGACAGCAUGGGCAGGACGGUGGACUUCACCAACACGCUCAUCAUCAUAACGUCCAACAUCGGUGGCGGCAUCGUCGCCGCCGCGGACGGCGGCGGCAUCGUCGCCAAGAGCAAGGAGCUGGUGGAGGAGGAGAUGAAGCGCCACUUCCGGCCCGAGUUCCUGAACCGGCUGGACGAGACGAUCGUGUUCCGGCCGCUCACCAAGGUGGAGGUGAGGGAGAUCGCGGCCGUCAUGGUGGAGGACGUAGCUGCCCGGGUCAGGGAGGUGGGCGUGGAGCUGCGGGUGACGGAGGGGUUCGUGGACCUCGUGGCGGAGGAAGGCUUCGACCCGAGGUACGGGGCGAGGCCGCUGAGGAGGGCCGUCGUGAGGCUGCUCGAGGACACGCUCGCCGACAAGAUGCUCGACGGGGAGAUCGCGGAAGGGGACUCGGUGACCGUCGACGCCGACGCCGCGGGGAAUGUCGUCGUGCUCGGACGGAACAGCCGUGUCCUGCAGCUGCUGCAGCCUGCAGCCUGUCACGUUUGA